CUAAAGGGGAGGUCGAAUCGCGGUCUGGCUGGCUGUACGCGCUUUGCUGCAGUCAAACGGCACAACGUGAAAUCAGUUUCUCGCCGCUCGUGUACGGAACAACAACGUAGCUAAAGCAAAAGCAAAAGCAUAAGUGAAAAGCGCCAAGCAAAACGCUGAGUAGAAGACUGAGUAGAACGGGUCAUAAAGACAGGCAGACAGUAUAGUCAGUCAGUCAGUUGGGCAAACGCAAGCCACCCCAAAACACCACGAGUGAAUUUUUAACAAAAUAAAAAGUGCUGAGAAAAGUGAAAAACUUGUUCAAAUAAAAUAAAAAAUAAAUAAAAUUUCAUUUCUACACAAUUUAACAACAACGACAACAGUUUAAACAAAAUGAGCAAAUUUGCGUGGGUGACGUUAACAACGAAUGACACGUACUCGCUGGGCGCUUUAGUGUUGGCGCACUCGUUACGCCGCACCGGCACCGCCUAUCAGCUGGCCGUCUUAGUGACGCCUGCCGUGUCGGCGGCCAUGCGCCAGCGCUUGCAAGAUGUCUACAAUGUUGUGCAGGAGGUGAAUGUUUUGGACUCACAGGAUGCCGCCAAUUUGGCACUGCUCGCACGCCCCGAACUCGGUGUCACAUUCACAAAACUGCACUGCUGGCGUCUGGUGCAAUUCGAGAAGUGCGUCUUCCUUGAUGCUGAUACACUGGUGCUGCAAAACUGCGAUGAGCUGUUCGAGCGCGAGGAACUAUCGCGCCCCGAUGUUAGCUGGCCCGACUGCUUCAACUCCGGUGUGUUCGUAUAUCGUCCCAGUUUGGAGACAUUCGCCAAAAUCACACAGUUCGCCAUAGAGAAUGGCAGUUUCGAUGGCGGUGAUCAGGGUUUAUUGAAUUUAUUCUUCGGCGAUUGGGCGCAAAGCGAUAUCAAGAAGCACUUGCCAUUCAUCUACAAUGUGGCCGCAUUCGCUUCGUACUGCUACUUGCCCGCAUUCAAACAGUUCAGAGAUAAGAUUAAGAUUUUGCAUUUUGCGGGCAAAUUGAAGCCAUGGCUCAUACAAUUCAAUUCCGAGAACCGCACAGCACUGACGCCCACAGAGUAUGCGCACGCCGCCGAUUUGAUACAGCUCUGGUGGAACAUCUUCUGCGACAAUGUGCAUCAGCAGUUGUCCGAUGAUAUGUGUGGCGCCGUCGUUCAUUAUUACUAUCACUAUCGCCCUGAAACACCAGCACAACAACAACACGAUCAUUACUAUCAACAUUAUGAACAUGAGCAACAUCAUCAACAGCAGCAGCAACACGAACAUUCACCGUCGCCGAAUUAUUAUGAGUUCGAAGAUAUCAAAGAAUUUCGUGAUCCUUGGGAAGAUUACUAUGAGAAUUUAGCCAGAGAGCGUAGUAAUAGCAUAAAAGCGAGUGAGCAGCAGCACGAACAACAUUAUGAACACGAACAACAUCACGAGCACGAACAACAUCACGAACACGAACAACACCACCAGCACGAAUGGCAACAGCCAGCAGCAGAGCCAGCACACGAGUGGCACAGCAGAGAGGAAGAGCAAUCAAGACAAGCGCAUUAUGAGGCUAAUUAUGAGAGAGAAGAAGCUGCGGUUGUCGAAACACCACAACCACAGCCACAACAACAAGAGUACCAUGAACAAAAAGACAAGCCAAUAGAACAAUAUCAGGAACAAGCAGCCUAUGAAUCCCAUGAAACGCAUGUUACCCCUGUUAGCCAAGAAUCCCAUGAGCAAAGUACAAAAACCUCAACAAGCGAAAAUGUUGAAGCUACUGCCACUGAGCAACGAAUUUAUGAAGCUGAUAUUCAUAAAGAGAACACUGCCCAAAAACAACAAGACUCCUCAUCUGUAACGCAAAAAUCACAAAGUACAGAUGGGACAAAGAAAAAAACCGUUAGCACUAGGUCUAGAACAGAUAAACAAGCAUUCCGUAGUAAAGAUGUGAAUGAAAGAGAAAGAGAAAACAAAAACAAAACUAAAGAAAAGAAUGAGGCUGGUUUGGCUGGCGCUUUGUCUCAGCUGCGUCUCGGCGAGCAACGCACACCCGAACAGGAGGUCUACGAACAGCUGAUGCGUCGUCAAUGCUGGGAGGCCGGACAAAUCGAUUACACGGGCCGAGAUGCCUUCGACAAUAUUUGGAAGAAAAUAACACAAACCUUGGAAUCGAAACCCGUCGCCACGCCGCCACAGGAGGAGGAUAAGUCUGCAGAACACCAUUACAUAGAAAAUCCAAUGCCUCCUAACAACUUUAUCCCUUUACACAUAGGUGGCAUUGCGCCAGCGGAGGAUGCUGAAUCGGAACGCUUAAAUCGCAUUAAUCGCAUGUUGCAAAAGAGCGCUGAGAAACUGGAAGAGCUGAAAGUGGAGGACGUGUCUACACGUCCACUGCUGGCGGCGCCGACUAACACCGCUUCGACGCGCAGCAGAUCGCCAGCACGACAACAAAACACUAACAAUAACAAUAACAACACUAAUCUUAGUAUAAGCAAUAAAAAUAACAACAACAACAACGAUACUAAUACACAACGAGGCCUGAAGCGAACGGCCUCACCGAGACCGAUACAACAACAGCAACAACAACAAAGACAAGUACAGACACAACAACAGUUGCUGCAAUUGCAAGAACAACAGCAACAACAACAAGCCAUACAACGACAACUUCAACAACAGCAAGAGUUGCAAAGACAAUUGCUACAACAACAGCAACAAGAGUUAAAAAGACAAUUACAACAACAAGAGCGGCAACAGGCGAUACAAAAACAAUUACAACAACAAGAACAGCAACAGCAACAGGCGAUACAGAGACAAGUACAACAGCAGCAACAACAACAAACAAUACAAAAACAAUUACAACAACAACAGGUAACAGUACAAAGACAACCACAACAACAGGUAACAGUACAAAGGCAAGCACAACAACAACAGCAGGUGACAGUACAAAGACAAUUACAACAACAACAGGUAACAGUACAAAGACAAUUACAGAACCAAAAGGUGACAGUACAGAGGGAAGCGCCACAACCGGUGCCACUAAGUAGCAAAAUACCACCGCCAUUGCUAUCACCACCCAUACAACAACAACCAUUACUGCAGACACAACAACAACAACCGCUACAACAACAACCACGCAAACAGACGCCUUUGCAACCACAACAACAACAACAACCGACAACGCAACAACCACAACGCCCACCAAGACAGAACCAACAUCAUCAACUUCAACAACAACUACCGCAGACAUCACAACAAGCGCAGGCACAAAGCGCUGCCGCCAAGCAGCUUGCCAACAAAUCGAAUCGCAAAUCCAAAUAACAGUUACUAAAAUUGGUGGCACGUUACGGUUGUUUGUUGCCCACGUGCAUCCUUGAGGAGCUUGCGGGCGUACGACUACCGAACCCAGUACAUGUAUGAGCACAAAACAAGACAGUUG